CACAGGACAUGUCGAGAAUCACAUCACUCACCCUUCUUCGCCUGCCAGCGCAAAGUAUUUCAAUUAUUUAGUGGAAGUUUUACCACGUAAUGGGGCGUGGUUUCCUGCCUCGGGCGCUUGAACUAUCUAAUUAAACCGAUGAGCCACGCCCCCCCGAUUGCCCCUAUAAAUGGGCGAUUAACACAGAUAGGCCUCGAUUAGGCGACAUGUACUCACCGGAAGAGGAGGCCGAGCUGAAGAGGCGCAACUACCGCAGCAUCAGGGAGAUGAUCCGACUCUCCUAUACGGUGGGCUUCAACCUGAUGGAUCCUUCCCGAUGCGGACAGGUGCUCAGAAUCUGGACAAUUGUGCUUAGCCUGAGUAGCUUGGCCUCGCUCUAUGGUCACUGGCAAAUGCUAGUGAGGUAUAUUCAUGAUAUUCCACGCAUUGGUGAGACCGCUGGCACAGCCCUGCAGUUCCUAGCAUCGAUAGCAAAGAUGUGGUUCUUUCUGUUUGCACAUAGAAAUAUGUACGAUCUGUUACGAAAGGCACGGUGCCACGAACUACUACAAAAGUGUGAGCUUUUUGAAAGGAUGUCAGAUCUACCUGUAGCCAAAAUAAUUCGCAAGCAGGUUGAGUCCACGAUGAAUUGGUACUGGACCAGCACUCGCCGGCAACUUCUUAUCUAUUUGUAUAGCUGUAUUUGCAUUACGUUAAACUACUUCAUCAACUCCUUCGUAAUCAACAUCUAUCGCUAUUUCACGCUUCCCAAAGGAUCCUACGACAUUAUGUUACCUUUGCCAUCUCUUUAUCCUGCCUGGGAGCACAAGGGACUAGAGUUUCCCUACUAUCACAUACAGAUGUAUCUAGAAACCUGUUCCUUGUACAUCUGCGGCAUGUGUGCCGUCAGCUUUGAUGGAGUCUUUAUUGUUCUGUGCCUUCAUAGCGUGGGACUAAUGAAGUCCCUCAACCAGAUGAUAGAACAAGCCACAUCUGACUUAGUUCCUCCAGAACGCAGGGUGGAGUACUUGCGAUGCUGUAUUUAUCAGUACCAGCGGGUGGCGAACUUUGCUGCUGAGGUUAACGACUGCUUUCGGCACAUAUCUUUCACGCAGUUCCUGCUCAGCCUUUUCAACUGGGGCCUGGCUUUGUUCCAGAUGAGCGUGGGAUUGGGCAACAACAGCAGCAUCACCAUGAUCCGGAUGACCAUGUACCUGGUGGCAGCCGGCUACCAGAUAGUUGUGUACUGCUACAAUGGCCAGAGAUUUGUGACGGCUAGCGAGGAGAUUGGCAACGCCUUCUACCAGGUGCGAUGGUACGGGGAGUCCCGGGAGUUCCGCCACCUCAUCCGCAUGAUGCUGAUGCGCACGAACCGGGGAUUCCGGCUGGACGUGUCCUGGUUCAUGCAAAUGUCCUUGCCCACUCUAAUGGCGAUGGUCCGGACAAGUGGACAGUACUUCCUGCUGCUGCAGAACGUCAACCAGAAAUAGGGCACAAAGUUGAAUAAAAUCGCCGUGUGUGCAGUGACGAAAAUGCGUACUGCUUUGAGAUAGAUUAAUUUUCAGGGCAGCACAUCAGAGCAGUUGAAUACAAUGCAUGUGUACACUAAAAGAAAAAAAAACUGUAUGUCACUGGGAAAAUAUACGUA